AUGCAUAUAUCACAAGCCAUUCUUAUAUCUCUGGUAUCCAGAGUCUGUAAUGCGACAACACGAUAUCUAGCACCGGUCCAGGACAUAAAUUUCCCCAGUAGCGAAAGCGCGACGAACCCUCUUCAAUGGCUAGGCGCCAAUGGGCCAUGGUAUGCCGGCCCAAAUGUAUUCGGAAUUUCACCUGAGCCUCCUCGAAACUGUCAUGUCGAUCGUGCUGCCUACGUCUCAAGACACGGUUCGAGGUACCCAGACCAAGGAGCUUAUAAUGGAUGGGUAUCCAUGUACGAACGGUUUCAAACCAGCGACUAUACCGCGAGUGGAAGCUUAUCAUUCCUCUCAAAUUGGCGGCCGGUCCCCGAAGACCCUGCAUCGCAGAUUGGCAUGGAAAACCCUACUGGUGUAAAGGAGGCCCUCGAUCUGGGUUAUACACUACGUACAAGGUAUCCGGCUCUUUACCAAGAGGGAAACGAGUUCAUGGUGUGGGCCAACAAUUAUACUCGGGUCCUCCAGACAGCAUCUAUGUUUAUUCGCGGCUACUUGGGGGUCGCCGCUUCUCAGAAGGGGAGCAUAAUCUCGGUGACGUCUAGAGGCUUCCCGGCUGGUGUUGGGGACUCACUCGCUCCCUCGGAUAUGUGUCCAAAUUUCAAAGAUUCGGAGGGGGGAGAACACAAGUCAACCUGGGAUGAAAUUUGGAUCCCGCCUGUUCAGUAUCGUCUACAGAAGUUGAUAAAGGGUAACUUAUCUUUGACAGCUGCUGAUAUCGCCCAGAUACCCUAUCUGUGUGGUUUUGAGAGUCAUAUCACAGGUCGACUUUCGCCCUGGUGCGAUGUGUUCACUGAUAAAGAGUUGAAGCAAUACGAGUACUCUAACGAUCUCCGUUACUACUACGGUAUUGGUCCAGGUACAGAUCUUCCCAAGAAGAUGAUGACGCCUUUCUUGAGUGCACUCGUUAGCAUCCUGCAAAACGGAUCUACUAUAGGCAUAGGGGUAGACGGCUCAACUUUCAACAUCCCGAAACUUCUGGUGUCAUUCUUGAAUGACGGGCAGUUAACCGAACUGGUAACUGCAAGCGGCGUUUUCGAUAGACAACCCGCGUUGUCUGCUAUCAGGAAGGACAAUAAUAGACUGUGGGUAGGGUCACGGUAUGUGUCAAUGAGAGGUACGAUCGCUUUCGAACGUUUGAACUGCGUUGUAAAGAGUGAUAAUGGACCCAAGGCUUACCCCUCGGGCGGGUUUAACGAGACAUAUCUCCGCAUUCGCUUGAACGAUGCAGUGUAUCCAAUUCCUUCCUGCGAUAACGGCCCUGGAUCAUCCUGCAAGCUGAGCGACUAUGCUAGAUAUGUCGCGGAAAAGUAUGCUGCCGAGGGGGAUUGGAUAACGAACUGCAAUGUUACAGUUACUGAGGAUACGCCGACAACGGUGAAAGGGGCAAGCUUCUUCACGGAUAUCAGCAAACCGUGGGUUAGGCGGUUAGCUGUUUGA